AAAUGGAAAACUGUUUCAACAACUUGCGUCAGUCGAAAUUUGAAUUUUGAUCGCUCAACACAAGCAGCUUAGCAGCUUUUCAAAAAAUAUAACACAAAAUGGCUCCACGCAACAAGGAACAGGAACAGGAGGUGCUCAACUGGGUGUUUGCCGUGAUUGGCGAAAAGGUGCCCAGCGGCCAGUAUGAGGAUAUUUUGAAGGACGGCAUUUGGCUAUGCAAGCUGGCCAAUAAGCUGGCCCCAGGCUCUGUGAAGAAGAUCCAGGAGCGCGGCACCAACUUCCAGCUCAUGGAGAACAUUCAGCGCUUCCAGGCUGCGGUCAAGAAGUACGGCGUGCCCGAGGAGGAAAUAUUCCAAACUGCCGAUCUCUUUGAGCGUCGCAAUAUUCCACAAGUCACAUUGUCGCUUUAUGCGCUGGGCCGAAUUACGCAAAAGCAUCCAGAGUUCACUGGCCCCGCUCUGGGCCCCAAAAUGGCCGACAAGAACGAGCGCACCUUCACCGAAGAGCAGCUGCGCGCCCAUGAGGGUGAGCUCAACCUGCAGAUGGGCUUCAACAAGGGUGCCUCUCAGUCGGGUCAUGGCGGCAUGGGCAACACGCGCCACAUGUAAACCACACAC